AUGUCGCUUCUUCAAACGCUCAUCGUUCUGAUGCUCAUCGCGGCUUUGAUUCAAGUCGACGCUCAACGAUUAUUUGAUGUGCUUUUGGCGAGAAACGAGGAGCUCAACUCGCUUCGCAACGAGCGCGCUUUCCAUCCGGUCAACGGUGUGCUCAAGCGAAAUUCGCUUCUCGACAAUUUGUACAACAUCGGAUACAUGCCCUAUUGA